GAAGGGCGCUUGGACCUCAGCGGUGAUCUGUGUAUGAGUUCCGGCCCUAGGAGCAUUUAGCAUUUUGGCUUUGUUCGCCUUCCUCUUUCAGAAGGCUCAAGAUCGGACAGUAGGUCUGCGAAAUUUGAAACGCGCGACUAUUCUUCCUUGUUUCCCGGUUCUGGCCGCGGGAGCCUGUCGGGAAGCGUAGAAAGAAAGGAAGGGCGUGGGCCUCGUGACAGCCUCUGGGUUGUCUUGGGCUCGCGCCUGGCCCUGCUACGUGGAGUCGCUGUCUUGUCACUUUUGGCUGUCGACUUGUUGAAUAGAAGUGGAAACUGAUGCUUUAAGACUCGGGGGAAGGUCUUUCCCUUAUCUUCACCCCAUCAAGGGCCCCAAAUAACUUGCAGAUUUGUCUUGCUUCUAGAGACGUGUACUCGAAUGUUGUGCGGAGGAGGACUUAAAUAUUCGAGAAGAGAGUGGGAACUCCUGGAAUUUUAAGGGAUUUCUGUAUCUCCAAAACCGACUUUUAACUACCGACAGCGUGGGAUUCGUGACUGUUUUUCGCCAUCCUGUGGCUCCAACAUGUACUUGCCUUCUUGGUUAAGUCAGCUGUACAGGGGUUUAUCCAGACCUAUUAGAAGGACCACCCAACCCAUCUGGGGUUCUCUCUCCAGAAGUCUGGUGCUGAGUUCACAGAGGAGAAAUCCAGAAUUCAGUAGCUUUGUUGUCCGGACCAACACAUGUGGAGAGCUGCGUUCAUCUCACUUAGGCCAAGAAGUCACCUUGUGUGGAUGGAUUCAGUACCGAAGGCAAAACACAUUCUUGGUCCUAAGAGAUUUCCAUGGGCUUGUUCAAGUUAUCAUUCCCCAGGAUGAGUCGGCAGCCUCUGUGAGGAAGAUUUUAUGUGAAGCCCCUAUGGAAUCUGUGGUGCAAGUGUCUGGUACAGUCAUUUCCCGUCCUGCAGGACAAGAGAAUCCAAAAAUGCCAACAGGUGAGAUUGAAAUCAAAGUCAAAACAGCUGAGCUUCUGAAUGCCUGCAAGAAGCUGCCCUUUGAAAUUAAGGACUUCAUGAAGAAAACAGAGGCUCUUCGGUUGCAGUAUCGCUACUUAGACUUGCGUAGUUUCCAAAUGCAGUAUAACCUGCGACUGAGGUCCCAGAUGGUCAUGAAAAUGCGGGACUAUCUCUGUAAUCUGCAUGGGUUUGUGGAUAUAGAAACUCCAACAUUGUUUAAGAGGACCCCAGGGGGUGCCAAAGAGUUUUUAGUACCAUCCAGGGAACCUGGAAAGUUUUACUCUCUCCCUCAGAGUCCUCAACAGUUCAAGCAACUUCUGAUGGUUGGCGGUUUAGACAGAUAUUUUCAGGUUGCCCGAUGUUAUCGAGAUGAAGGUUCAAGACCAGACAGACAGCCUGAGUUUACUCAGAUUGACAUAGAGAUGUCUUUUGUAGACCAGACUGGGAUCCAGAGUUUAAUUGAGGGUUUGCUUCAGUAUUCUUGGCCCAACGACAAAGACCCUGUGGUUGUUCCUUUUCCUUCUAUGACUUUUGCUGAGGCGCUGGCCACCUAUGGAACUGAUAAACCUGAUACUCGCUUUGGAAUGAAGAUUAUAGAUAUCAGUGAUGUGUUUAGAAACACAGAGAUCAGAUUUCUUCAAGAUGCACUUAGUAAGCCCCAUGGAACUGUCAAAGCCAUAUGUAUCCCUGAAGGAGCAAAAUACUUAAAAAGGAAAGACAUUGAAUCCAUUAGAAAAUUUUCAGCUGACCAUUUUGAUCAGGAAAUCUUACCUGUAUUCCUUAACACCAACAGAAACUGGAAUUCUCCAGUUGCUAACUUCAUAAUGGAGUCGAAAAGACCAGAAUUAAUCAGACUAAUGGAGACCCAAGAGGAAGAUGUGGUCCUACUAACAGCUGGAGAGCACAAUAAAGCAUGCUCUUUGUUGGGAAAAUUACGACUGGAAUGUGCUGACCUUCUAGAAACAAGAGGAGUGGUGCUCCGUGACCCCACUCUGUUCUCUUUCCUUUGGGUAGUGGAUUUCCCACUCUUCCUCCCCAAGGAGGAAAAUCCCAGGGAGCUGGAAUCGGCCCACCACCCAUUUACCGCUCCCCACCCCAGUGACAUACACCUCCUUUACACUGAGCCCAAAAAGGUCCGUAGCCAACACUAUGACUUGGUUUUAAACGGCAAUGAGAUAGGAGGUGGUUCGAUUCGAAUUCACAAUGCAGAGCUACAGCGAUAUAUCUUGGCAACCUUACUAAAGGAAGAUGUGAAAUUGCUCUCCCAUAUACUCCAGGCUUUAGAUUAUGGGGCACCCCCUCAUGGAGGAAUUGCCUUAGGGUUAGACAGACUAAUAUGCCUCGUCACUGGAUCUCCAAGCAUCCGAGAUGUCAUAGCCUUCCCAAAGUCCUUCCGGGGACAUGACCUCAUGAGCAAUACCCCAGAUUCUAUUCCUCCUGAGGAACUGAAGCCUUAUCAUAUCCAAGUCUCCUGGCCAACAGACUCCAAAGCAGCAAAAGCUCAUUGAAUCAUGCAUACCAUACAGAAAGUUGAGCUUUUGGGUUUUGUCCUGUUGGUUCCCCCAAAAUCAGAUCUAGAGUUCUGCCACAGGUCUGACAAUCAAGUCUUUACAUGGAAGGAAUCCAGGCAGCAUUCUUCAUCACAAUGAAGCAGAAGAUACCCAAUUUUGACUUGAUCACAUGCAUCAUUCAGGUUUUUUUUUUUUUUUUUUUUGGUUUUUUUUUUGAAGUUCCUUUUUACUUAGAGAGGUGUGAAAGAUGGUUCUUUGUUGAAAUAAUAUAGUGGGGUGUACUGUUUUCAAAUCAUGUUUUUCAUACCCCAAUAUUAGAUUAUUCACUUAGGACACAGGUAAUCAAAUCAUGUGUGAAAUGUGGGAAAAUGGUUACCCCUGUAAAACUAGUGAGUUGAUAGAGUUUAUUUCAUCAGCCUCAUCAGGAGAAUCAUAUAAAUCAAGCUUUAUAAUGACAUUUCAACCAUCAACAUAAUAUAGUGAGGAGUACCAUAAUACAAUGCAGAAAACAUCACUGAAAUGAGAGUCACAAUUUUUUUUUUCAGUGUUUCAGCCUGAGGGAGUUACAUAAACCUCUCUUAGCCUCCCUUCCUGCUAAUGUUGUGUAAAAUACAUACUUGCCCUGGCUACCUCACAGGGCUCUUGUUGCUAGAAUCAGAGGAGAUAACAUCUAUGAGAUAAAGUGAAUAAAAGUACUUUGAAAAACUAUAAAGCUUUUCACAAAUGUGAGAUAUUAUCCAUCCAUACAUAGGUAGGUAGAUGUAUCUCUAUAGCUUCAGAUCAAACAAAACUGAUAUCAACAGUAAAAGUCAUUUUAUUUA